AUGAGGCGUGUGUCACUUACCGUCUCGUUGCCGUCGGCGUAUGUAAGGCGUGCGAUUUUAUUUAGCCCCCGCUACGAUUGGCGUACCUCGGGCGUGCACGACGUCGCUCCGAGGGAUGAGGGAGAUUUUGUGUACGAGGGGGCAAAGCAGACGCUGCCGGGGGCUCACCCUCUGCCAUUGUACCAUCCCCAUAACACCGUUACCCGGCCUUUAAUUUCGCCCUAUUUACCUUCACCACAACGUACUCAUCCGUACUUUACCGAGCCUGUAUCUGAGUUGCCACACUUUAACACGACAAAACCGGUGGUAUACACAUGUGGGACGAUAAAACAACGGAUUAUCGUUCCAGUUUUUAACCUGAAGAACGAAAUAACACAUACACGAGAGCUUGAUCCAUUUGUCUUUGGCAUGUAUCCAGAAACGGAAGAGCUCAGCAAGAAUCUUACCUACUGGUUAGUGCGGUGUCAAAAUUUUGCUAGUAAGUGGGACUACGAAACACGUGAGAUUUGGAGAAAGGCUAAAAAGAAUUGGCCCAACACAGGGAUGGGAAUGCCACGCGUCAGCAAUAGGAAGAAUCAUCAGUAUCCGUGGGGCGGGCGCACGAAGCCGUCCAAGCCGUGGAAUAUGCUUAUGCCUACUAUGGAUGUCAAGACAUGGAGUAAAAGUAACCGUAUGAUGUUGACCGUUAAAAUGCUACAAGGACGGCUGCAGAUUGUAGACAAACUUACCUUGUCAGAGCCCACACAAGAGUGCUAUCUGGAUCUUUGUAGCACAAUGUUGUGGGAUGUACGGCACACCGGAGGUGGGGUUUUAUUCAUGGAUGGGGGUUCCCGUAUUACUCCUAGCAUUGAAUUUGAUCGCUUCUUUUUUUUUGGUAGCUUUUUUAAUGGUAGAAACAAAGUUGUUCGACCUACUCUGCUGUGUGAUGAACAGUACGAUUACAACAAGACGGCAGCUAAGCAACGAAUGAAAGGUCCCAAGGGCCCCAAGAAUCCUAUUCCUAUUAACCGUUUUAACGUUUAUGACGCGAUGCAACACGAACGACUAGUUAUUACAGAAGGUGCAAUUAUGCAAUUAGAGGAGGAAAUGUACGAGCACAAGUUGCGUAUUCUCCCUCCACAUAUUCGCAAUCAGCUUCCUGAGCGUGGUUACCUUGAUAGCGAAACACUUGGCAAUUGUGUUCCGUCCUUAAAGACAAUUCAGAUGGAGGCAGCUGCUCGCACAGAGGAGAUUGAAAGCAGUAUGUAUCAAUCUUUUGCUGACAAUCCUUACCAGCUUUGGGAAGACGAGGCCAAGGCCUCUUAUUCGGUUGAUGCCGUAGAUGGAACAAUUCAACAGUUUGUAAAUGGAACGAAGUCCUCAUGGUCGAUGCUCUCGUAA